AUGUCCCCCAACGGCAGCUCAUCCUACACGGUGCCCCUCGUCGUGGGCGGCAAGGACCGGCCGUCGGCCACCAGCUUCCCCAUCACGUCACCCGAGACGGGCGAGACGCUGCACCAGUGCAGCAACGCCGACGUGGCCGACGCCGAGGCGGCCGUCGAGGCGGCGGCGGCGGCGCUGGAAGGGUGGCGGGCACAGACGCCCCGGGCGCGGCGCGAUGUCCUGCUCAAGGCCGUCGCGGCCUUUGACGCGCGGCGCGACGAGCUCUUGGGCUACAUGCAGGCCGAGACGGGCGCGACGGCGCAGUGGGCCGGCCUCAACCUCGACGUGGCGCGCGACAUCAUCACCGACGUGGCCGGGCGCAUCUCGUCCCUCGAAGGGCUGGCCCCCGCGACCCAGGACCCGGGCGUCGGGGCCAUAGUCCGGAAGGAGCCGUACGGCGUGGUGCUGGCCAUGGCGCCCUGGAACGCCCCCUACAUCCUGGGCGUGCGGGCCGUGGCGCUCCCGCUGGCGGCGGGCAACACGGUCGUGCUCAAGGGCAGCGAGCUGUCGCCGCGCACUAUGUGGGGCAUCGUCUCGGCCUUUGCCGACGCGGGCCUGCCGGCCGGCGCGCUCAACGUCGUGUUCUCGUCGCGCGACAACGCCGCCGCCGUCACGGGCGCGCUCGUCGCCCACCCGGCCGUGCGCAAGAUCAACUUCACGGGCAGCACGGCCGUCGGCCGCAUCGUGGGCCGCCUGGCGGGCGAGAACCUCAAGCCGGUCCUGCUUGAGCUCGGCGGCAAGGCCCCCGCCGUGGUGUGGGAGGACGCGGACCUGGACCUGGCGGCCGACCAGUGCGCACUCGGCGCCUUUUUGAACGCGGGCCAGAUCUGCAUGUCGACGGAGCGCGUGGUGGUGCAUAAAAAAGUGGCGGCCGAGUUUAAGGCCAAGUUCGCCGCCAGCGCGAACCGCUUCUUCGCCCCGGGGGGCCCCGCGCCCGUGCUGGUGCAGGCGCAGGGCGUGGCGCGCAACCGGGCCCUGGUGCGCGACGCGGUCGCCAAGGGCGCCGAGGUGGUGCUAGGCGAUGCCGAGGAGGGGGAGGGGGCGGGAAGCGAGAACCAGAUGCGGCCCGUGGCGCUCGCGGGCGUGACGCCCGACAUGGACAUCUACCGCACCGAGAGCUUCGGCCCGACCGUGUCGCUGUUCGAGGUCGAGAGCGAGGACGAGGCCGUGCGGCUGGCCAACGACACCGAGUACGGCCUGUCGGCGGCCGUCUUCACCGAGGACCUGCGCCGGGGCCUGCGCAUCGCGGGCAGGAUCGAGUCGGGCGCCGUGCACAUCAACAACAUGACGGUCCACGACGAGCCGGGCUUGCCGCACGGAGGGGCAAAGUCUAGCGGGUUCGGACGGUUCAACGCCUCGGGGCUGGAGGAGUGGGUGAAGACCAAGGUUGUGACGUACAGGGUAUGA